ACUCUGAGUGCCAUAAAAAUCGUUCUAUCCGCGUUCGCGUUAAUUCAAUCGUAAACUGUUCUGUUUUCCCUCUCUAAAUCAAAGCGUGGGAUUAUUGUUCUCAUUUGAAUAUAUCCUGAUGUAGAUGAAGUUAUGAAUAUAUCGUAAUUUUCGAAAAAAAAAAGAAGUGAUUUUGAUUGAAGUGGCAAGCACGAAGAAUAGAAUUCAAAAGACAAUGGAUAAUCGCCGAAGACUAAUCCGCAAUCGAUGCGUGAUGCUGACUAUUAUCAUCGUCUACAUGUUAACUGUAUUUAUUAAGGCGGUUGAGAGCAGGCCUCACAUCAGGCACCACCGGGAUGGCUCGCAUUGCAGCAGAUGCGGUCCAGGCUGGGGCGCGAUUAGCCGUUGCGCUCGCGGCCGCGACACCGUAUGCGAGCGGUGCCCCAGCGGUACGUACAGCCCGCAUCACAGCACGCAGCCCUGCUGGAAUUGCGCCAGAUGUGGCCCGGGUUUGUACGAGGCUCAUCCGUGCACAUCGCGCACCGACACCGUCUGCGACUCCUGCCACCGUCCAGCACCGGACAAUCCGGACUACCGACGGAAGUGCGAAGGUCGCGCGAGGUUCUUCCUCGCCCCGGAGGACGCGCAGAGCACCGCCGAGGAAAGCGUGCUGGUGAACGAGCCCGCUUACCGGUUCCAGCUGUAUAAUAGGGAGCAGGUACUUGAGAAAGAUGUGGAGGCCAUCCUGAGCGACAAAGCGACAGUUGGAUCGGAACUUCUACAGAGGCUCCAAUCAUCGUCCCAGCAUUAAUCUUCUAAGAUGAUCUGACAUAUUCCUAUCCAUGACGAAAAAGAAGGUAUAAAGUUCUUUUUUUCGAUUGUGAUGCAGAAUUCUUGAAGUUUGAUUAUUAUUAAUUUACCUGAGAAAAUAAAUGGAUAGUGUAGAAAUUCGUACAGACCCGUAAUAAGAUUAGAAGAAUAAUAUACGUUCGACAUUGAUCGAUCUUUUAAUACUAGUCAAUUAGUGCUUAAGAGAAUUAAUUUCUUUUACGGAACAGCGAACGACUUUAGUAAGAGUUUAAAAAUAUGUAGGAAUAUUUUCCCAAAGUGAAUAUUCAUCUAAUAUUUGUCGAUUAGACAUUCCGAUUGUUCCCGUAGAUUACAACAGGCGACACAAUAAAGAAAUGGAAAAUACUUCCUGACACCCCGCCAAGUAUAUAGCAUAAAAAAUAAAUCCUUCUCCUUAAUAUGAAUAGACUGUUACAUUUUUAAUAUUUAGAUCAGUAUUGCAAGUCGUAUUACAAAUGCAUAUGUCAGUAACUUGUUGUUCGUAGAUUCACCGUUCGUAGAUUUCAAUUUAUAAAAUAGUCAGAAAUUUUUCAUCCAA